AUGUGGUGGAUACCAAGUUUACUCACCAUUUGGAGUCUCGCUCCGGCCACAAUCAGCGCAGCAUCCAUCUCUCAGACUUUCUCCAGCUCUUCCAAGCCAAGUCAUAAGUUUGACUGGCCACAGAAAAAAGGACUCAUCGCAUUCGGAGAUUCGUACACAUACGUCCAAGGCACUCACGGACACCAGAACUUCAGCUUCAUUGGUGACCAACUGCAUUUCUCCUACGAUCCGGAGACUCUUCUCUCGAAUGAGAUUGUCCAGAACCAGACCGCGACGGCAGAAGGGGGACCCAACUGGGUUGAAUAUCUCACAAAAUGCGGCCUCAAACCCGGCCUCACCUCCCCGCGGACUUGUCACAAGCAACUAUGGGAUUUUGCCUUUGCAGGAGCAGACAUUUCAACAGAAUACACACCCCUUCAUCACAACUUCACCAUCUCCCUCGUCAAUCAAAUCCACCAAUUCAAAACCUUCGCCGCCCCCGUCCUCCAAACUUUCCUCCCCGCCUCCAAAUCCCUCAUCGCCAUCUGGAUCGGUAUCAACGACAUCAGCGACAGCGCCAAGUACACAGUUGACUUUCCCACCUUCUACGAUACCCUCAUACACACACUGUUCGACUCGGUGGAAGAUUUAUACCAUCUCGGAUACAGAUCCUAUCUCUUCAUGAAUCUGCCUCCACUGGACCGGACGCCGGGAAAUCAAAAGUCGGCAGUCCCGCAUCCAAAUGCGACUCAGGUAGCAUGGUACAAUGAGGCGCUGGCGAAAAAAGCGGAGCAGUUUCAAAGACAGAAAAAGGAUGUGGAGGUGCAUGUAUUUGACGCGCAUGCGUUCUUGAGCGGGAUGUUGAACGAGCCGCGCAGGUUUGGUAUACUCAACACGACGGAUUUCUGUGCUGGGUAUGAUCAGCCAGAUAUUGAGACGAAUUUCCAGGCUUACGGAUGUCCGACUCCGUUGGAUACUUACUUUUGGUUCAACUCGGGACAUAUGACGAGUCACACUCAUCGUGAACUGGCCAGGGAAUUGGGAAAUUGGCUGAAGCAGUAG